AAACUGGUCGAUGUUUUCCUUUUCUGUACUUGGUGUCGAUUGGGAGUUGUCAUUUUUUCAUUUUUCAUUUUGCUGCAAAAGUUAUCAGUGUGUUUUUACACAGACGCCGUGGAAGAAGUGAAGCUAAAUUAGCAUGCUAACGGCUAGCGCGGUGUUUGGAUUGUUGUGUGACUCAGAAAGUUGUCGACAAAAGUUGUAUUAUACGAUUUUCUUGGCCAAUCUACAGGAGUAAGAACUCCAAAAAUAGCACAUCGCGUGUCAUCUCAGAACCCUAAUUUCUGGUUCAUUUUUUUGUGUCGCAGACAGACAAGGUCAACAAUGUUUGAAAAUGUCCCAACAGUGUCUUCCGUGGAGCGUCAGCAGGUCCUGGCAGCUCUGGACCGUCUCCAGUCCAAACUGGUCCAGAGAGAAGAGUGGACCCACAGCGACUCUCUGGGCAACUUGAGGGAGACUCUGCAGAGUCCACUAUUCAGCCACAUCCUGACACUGCAGCAUUCCAUCAAACAGCUCCGAAACCAGUUGAACAACAUGCCUCCUGAUGCCAGCAGCGACUUCAGCUUCUCUAAAAAAGGUCAGCUCAUCAUGAGUGCUGUUAACUCCACCAACAGCUCUGCUCCGCCCACCGUUUCUGCAUCCACUUCUAUUCUGAGCAACGGUUCGUCUCUACCCAUCCAUCAGACUCUGCCUUCAUCUGAACUCCUCCAGAAGUGGAUCCAUGUUGCUGCAAAGGGCCGCCACACAGAGGUGGUCAGUCUGACUCGGCCCCUCUCUGGAGGUCUGGGCUUCAGUGUGGUGGGUCUGAAUCCUUCAGGAAGCAGCAGUCAGGGAGUCUUUGUCAAACAUGUCCAGCCUGGAGGCAUCGCUCACAGGGAUGGACGUCUCCAGGAGCGGGACCAGAUCUUGGUGAUCAACGGCAGUCCUCUGGACUCAGGGAUCAGUCAGCAACAGGCCCUGAACCUCCUGCAGCAGCCUGGGGAGACAGUGGAACUGGUGGUGGCCAGGGACCGGCCAUCGACCACAUCGUCUUCCAUCACACCUGUAAACACGGAUCAGUGGGGUCACGUUGAAGAGAUCGAACUGAUGAACGACGGCUCUGGUCUGGGUUUCGGCAUCGUAGGAGGGAAGAUGACAGGAGUGGUGGUCAGGACACUCAUCCCCGGCAGUGUGGCUGACAAGGAUGGACGUCUUCGCACAGGUGACCACAUCUUACGUAUUGGGGCGACGCCCACCACAGGGCUCACCAGCGACCAAGUUGUCAGAGUCCUGCAGGGAUGUGGUAGUCACGUGACCAUGCUGAUUGCCAGAGAACCUCAGGGUCAGAAGCCAACAGCUCCACCACCUCCUCCACCUCCAGACUCUGCUCCUGUGUCCUCCUUACCCCCUCGGCUCCCUGAUCUGCCCCCACAGCGCCCCGUCUCUGUACCACAACAUCGGAUCAGCAAGACCCCAAACCUGGAAGGAUAUGAGAUCCAUGAAGUUCCACUAACAAAAAAAGACGGCCAGAGCCUCGGCAUCUCCAUCAUUGGUUACAAUCCUUUGACCAGCCAAGAUGCAGUUGGUGUUUUUGUCAAAUAUGUCGUCCCAGGCAGCGCUGCAGACCAGAGUGGAAACAUUCGAGUCUACGACCGACUGCUAGCCAUGGACGGAGUCAGUCUUCAUGGUAUGACCAAUCAGGAGGUGUUGGAGGUGAUGAAGCAGACGGGUCAGACUGUGGUUCUGACUUUGGUCAGGAAGAAACCCAGAGCCCUGGAGAGAUCCCUGGAUAAAGUGGAGAGGGAGUCGUCUCUCCUGUCACAGCGCAGGUCACUGGAGGUCAAGUCCCGUUCAUCUCGCUCUAAGUUUGACUCCUCAGGCCGCAGGUCGGAGGCAGCACUGAGCAGUGCAGUGCAGCUGAACAGAGCCACAGAAGCAGAACUGAGGGCCAAAUGGGCUCAGGCUCUGGGACCACAGUAUCAAGUCCUGGUGGUGAAUUUGGACCCUGUGAUUGAAGAUGAUGAAGAGCUGCAGAAAUCCUCCAAGCUGUUGCCAGUGCACACUGUCCGUCUGGGGGUAGAGUUGGACUCCUUCGAUGGUCACCAUUAUAUUUCAUCAGUGGCCCCCGGGGGCCCCGUGGAUAAUCAUGGAGUCUUGAGACCUGAAGAUGAGAUCCUGGAGGUGAAUGAUGUUCAGCUCUAUGGUAAGUCACGUCGGGAGGUAGUGGCCUUCCUCAAAGAGGUUCCUCCCCCUUUUACCCUGGUCUGCUGCCGACACCCGACCUCUGACCUGGAACAAGAUCCAGGUUCUGAAACUGAGUCUGAACCUGAACCAGUGCUGCAGCCAGGACUCAGAACAGCAGGAAGAUCAGAAGUUAGUGUGGAUGAGAUUGAGCUGAAACUGUCCUCGUUGCUCUGCAGUCAGACUGUCUCUAGUGGAGACCGUGUUGGAAAACAGCAGCUGACAGUCAGACAGGAGCAGGACGCUCCUGUAGAGGGUGAGAUGGUGAAGGAGGAGAAGACGCUGCAGCACCAGGAGGAGGAAGAUGAAAACAGUGAUGAUGAAGAAGAGGAAGAAGAUGAGGAGGAUGAUGACGAUGAUGAAGAAGAAGAAGGGGAGCUGGCUUUAUGGUCUCCUGAUGUCCAUAUAUUGGAGCUGCAUAAGGAGAGAGACAAAGGUCUGGGCUUCAGCAUCCUGGACUAUCAGGACCCUUUACACGCCGGGCGCUGCGUCAUGGUGAUUCGUUCUCUGGUUCCUGGUGGCUCAGCGGAGCGUCACGGUGGUCUACUUCCUGGAGACCAGCUGGUUUCAGUCAACCAGUCCCAGCUGGACCUGCUUACCUUGGCCCAGGCUGUGGAGGUCUUGAAAUCUGCCCCGCCUGGAGCAGUCCGCCUGGGUAUCAGAAAGCCUUUGGUGGUGGAGGCAUCAGAGAUGAGCAGAGCAGACAGCAGUCAGUUUUCUCUCAGCAACACUCAGCUGCCUGUACCGAAGGGUUUUGGUGAUGGCUCCAUCCUCCCUGAAGAUCUUCGACACAAAAAGGGAGAAGAAGAAGAUGAAGUUGAUGAACAAGAGCUCAUCCUGGAUGGAGGUCUGCCUCGCUACACCACUGCCUCUGUGACCUCUGACCUUGUGCCUGUGAAAGAGGGAAUGGAGAUGACUGUGGAUGAUGAUGAGGAAGAGGGUGUGAAGGAGGUUGAGGAACAGAGUGAGGAAAGAGAAAAGGGCAUGAUUAGUUCUCUGCCUAGGAAACCACCCCCAUCAUGGGAGGAGUGGAAACUGUCCUCCAGCCGGACUGGAUCAGAGAAGAGCUGGAGAAAAGAGGAGGAUGAAGAAGAGCAAAGAUCAGACCGUGAAAGCAUCGUGUCUGGAAGUCAGUUCCUGGACUACAGAGACAGUGAAGCAGACACGGAGCUCACACUGACAGACACAGACACAGAGUCUGUGAAGAAAAUUGACCUUGAUAGGAGGAAGAGGCGGAACCAGGGAGGAGCCUCUCUGCCAAUCAGAGGAGGACAGAGAAAUCUCCCUGAAAGAGAGGAAGGGGAGGGAGAAGAAACUCCUGCCUUUAGCCACUGGGGGCCUCCCCGCAGGGUGGAGGUGUGGACUGAAGAGAACCAGUCUCUGGGCCUGAGCAUUGUUGGAGGUCGUCAGGUCAUCAAACGCCUGAGAAACGGAGAGGAGCUGAAGGGAAUCUUCAUCAAGCAGGUUCUGCCACAAAGUCCUGCUGCAGAGACAGGGUGUCUGAAGACAGGAGACAAGAUUCUAGAGGUGUCAGGUGUGGACCUAAGAACUGCCACUCAUGAAGAAGCUGUGAAUGUCAUUAAAUCAGCUCCCAGUCCCAUCGUCUUCAUCGUCCAGAGUCUGUCGGCAACACCACGGCCAACAUCCUUGACAGCUCCCAGCUACAGCAAGCACAGAGCAAAAGUGACAGAGUCUCCGCGACCAGGUAUCACGCCACCCCCAUUGAGACAGCCCCCACCAUACACUCCCCCCAGCCAAUCAGAACAGGAGACGAAGUCAGACCUGGAACAGGCCAAAGAGCGUUGGUGUGAACGUUACGGAGAUCUUCCAGGAGAGCUGCUGUGUGUGGAGCUGGACAAGGAGAAACAGGGUUUAGGAGUCAGUUUGGCCGGGAACAGAGACCGAUCCCGUCUCAGCAUCUUUGUGGUUGGACUCCAUCCUGGAGGAGCAGCCGCUCGAGACGGACGCAUCAGAAUUGGAGAUGAACUGUUGGAGAUCAACAACCAGGUACUUUAUGGUCGGAGUCACCAGAAUGCCUCAGCCAUUAUUAAGAGCGCUGCGUCCAAGGUGAAACUAAUCCUGCUCAGAAAUGAAGAUGCCAUUAACCAGAUGGCCGUCCCUCCUUUUCCUACACCCCCUGCUGCCCCUGCUCUCAGCCCCGUCAGCCCUGAGUCCGUCUCCCCAGGUCCUCCCACUGUCUCCGCUCCCACAGAUGGACCCCGCCCUCCUGACAGUCUGCCACUUCCUACAUCAACAUCGUUAAACUCACUGCAGGACAAGACAACUGACAACAACAGAAAUAAAACCAUCAGCAGCGCCCCCCAGAGUCAGAGAGAGACUGACACAUUCAAAAAGUCCCACAGACCCUACAGCUCCAGUAAACAAACAUCAACCACCCCUCCUCCUACUCCUCCUCCUGCUUCUGUUCCUGCUCCUGCUCUGAUCAGCCCUGAUCUGCAGGCUGCAAACAAAGAUCCAUCUUGCUGUGCUGUGGUUCCAGGUCAGGAGACGGUGCUGGAGAUCAGUAAAGGUCGAUCAGGACUGGGACUCAGUAUCGUUGGGGGAAGAGACACACAGCUGGAUGCCAUUGUGAUCCAUGAAGUGUAUGAAGAAGGAGCAGCAGCCAGAGACGGACGACUGUGGGCAGGAGACCAGAUACUGGAGGUCAACGGUGUGGACCUCAGAGGUGCAUCUCAUGAGGAGGCCAUCGCUGCUCUUCGUCAGACACCAUCCAAGGUCUGUCUGACGGUGCUGAGGGACGAGGCUCAGUACAGAGACGAGGAAAACCUGGACAUAUUCCAGGUGGAGCUGCAGAAGAGGAGCGGCCGGGGACUGGGACUGAGCAUCGUCGGCAAGAGGAGUGGGAGUGGUGUCUUUAUCUCCGAGGUGGUCAGAGGGGGCGCUGCUGAGCUGGAUGGUCGUCUGAUGCAGGGAGAUCAAAUUCUGUCUGUCAGUGGAGAAGACACCAGACACGCCUCCCAGGAAACUGUUGCUGCCAUACUGAAGUGCGCUCGGGGUGGGGUUCAGUUGGAGCUUGGCCGACUCAAGGCUGCAUCCUGGAUAUCAUCCAGACGAAUCUCACAAGGAAGCCAGAUGAGUCAUGUGAGUGGACACAGCUCAGCUGUUGUGGCUCCACCCCCUUCACAGCUCCCAACAUCUGACCCUCCUGCCUCUGACCCUGUGUCCACCACCCCCACUGAGCCCCAGGCCCUAAACAACAACAAGUCCAGCUCUCAUAUUAAUUCCUCCCCUGCCAACAGCACAGGGGAGGAUGCAGGUGUUCGUACCGUGACCAUCACAAGAGGUGUCACUGACUCUCUGGGGGUGAGUAUAGCAGGGGGUAAGGGCAGUCCUCUGGGAGACAUCCCCAUCUUCAUCGCCAUGAUCCAGGCCAACGGAGUCGCCGCCAAGACGCAACAACUCAAGGUUGGUGACAGAAUCGUCAGCAUUAACAGCCAGUCUGUGGACGGUCUGUCCCACAGUGAGGUUGUCACCAUGUUGAAAAACAGCUACGGGAACAUCAACCUUGAGGUGGUAGCAGACACCAACAUCAGUGCUAUUGCCACUCAGGUGGAGAAUUUGUCCAACAGUUCCAGUCUGUCAGCCAGCACCGAUUCACACACUGGAGAAAUUUCGUGAGUCCACACACACACACACUCUCCCCCUCUCUCACCCUCUCUCUCUCUCUC